AUGGGUACGACGAAAAGUCGUAAAUCUAGGCGGAAUAACUCAAGACCAACUGCCUUUACGUUUUUAUCCAAUAUUGCACUCGGAAAUGAAAAUGAGAAACCACCUGAUGAUUCUAUACAGAGAUUAUCGACUUAUUUGUCCCCAACAACUGCAGACUUGCAUUUCAUGGAAGAAGAACAAGCCAUUGGAGCUUCUUCUUUACACUCUUCCGAUAGUAGUUUCUCUGCUGAUGAGGACAAUUUACAAACCACCUUACAUUCGGAUGCCCAUGGCAGACUUAAUUCAAGUACCACUCCACCCGUUAUAACAACCAAUGAACCCAAAAGAGGAAAAUACAUUGCACCCAAACGCUACCCUUCUGAAAGCAGUAGCGAGGAUGUUCAACACCAUAAACUGACUCGAGAAGAUAGUGAGAGACCUAUUGCAUCUGAAAAAAUCAAAAAGAAGUCUUAUCAUGGUGAAAGAGACCAUGGACAUGGCAGUCUAUCCAUCAUGUCUGUUUUCCGUUAUUAUACAGAUAAGAUUCGUAAUUCAAACAAAAGAAAAGAAUCGACUGUGAACCGUAGUUAUGUUCAACAACAAUUGGAAAGCAAUGAACGCAAACACCGUAAAACACAGUCUUAUGCUCACUUUUUAAACACUACUGGAUCCUUGGUUGAAGAACAGUCUGUUCAAGACAAUGCCUAUGAUCCAUUUUUUCUUGAUGAUGACACGUAUGGCAAAUAUGGUUUAGAUCCAAGUUCAUUGGGUACUUUGGCCAAUGGUGUAAGACCUUCUGAUUUAAAGCGAGACAUGAAUGAACAGUUUCGUCUGAACCAUCCAGAAAUACCGACUGAAAUCACACUGAGUAAAAUACGUGCUAUUAAGCUUCAUUUACUUGAGAUUGGUAAACUGGUUGACUUGGAAGUCUCUAGUGUGGCCCAUGCCUAUGUGUUUUUUGAAAAAUUAGUGAUCAAGAAUAUGGUCACCAAAAAGAACCGUAAAUUGAUUGCUGCCUGUUGCUUAUUUUUAGCCACUAAAGUGAAUGAAGCCAAAGGUACUUGGUUUAGGCCACUUUUAGAUGCUAUGGAUGAUGAACUUGGUGUUGAUGCAGAAGAGAUUCAUGAACAUGAAUUUGCUGUAUUUGCAGACUUGGAAUUCAACCUGUAUGUACCACGAAGGGAAUUCAUGCCUCAUUUUGAGCGUAUCUUUCAUCAUGUCGAAUCAAAAAGUAUACAAGAAUAUCUUGGUCAAUCUAAUUUCUAUGAAAUCAACAAAUUACAUUAA